AUGGAAAGAACUGAACCUGCAUUGGCUCCAGAAUGGUUGAGAUGUUCAGGGAAUGCUGCUGGAGGCAGCACCUCAGCCCACCACAAAGAUGUCUCUUCUUCUGCACGCUCCACGCAGAGUAGAUAUCUUAGGAGCAAUAGCAAGAAAGAUAGCCCACGUUAUCUGGACAGAAGCUCGUCAUCUAGUUCAAGGCAUAGUGCAAGUAGUAAUGGCUCUACGAAGCAUCCGUACAGUAGCUUUUCCAGGAACCGGUGGGACAAAAACCGCGAUAGGGAGAAAGAAAAGUCUCUUUCCAGAGACUUAUGGGAUCAUGACUCUUCUGAUCCCCUGCCAAGUAUAUUAACCAGUAGAGUUGAAAAAGGUGGCUUGAGCCGUUCUGAGUCAUUGGUUUCGAGAAAGCCCGUUGAGCCAUUGCCUCGAAGAGCGGACGACUCAAGGGUUAGCAGCAAUGGCGUGCUUUCUGUGGGAAGUAAUCAUAGUACGAAUCAGAAGGCAGUAUUUGAUAAGGAUUUUCCAACUUUAGUGACCGAGGAGAAGCAAAAUGUGAGUGGGGUUAAGAGAGUCUUAUCCCCUGGUUUGAGUUCUGCAGUUCAAAGACUGCCAUCGGGUCACUCAGGGUUUCUUAAUAGUGAGAAUUGGACUUCUGCUUUGGUUGAGGUGCCUCCUGUUGUUCUUGCAAGUAAUGGCACGGGACAUUCUUCUCAUACACAGGGUGCUGUUACAGUUUAUAGUUCUUUAGCUGCAGGUUCUAAUGCAGCUGGUCUCAACAUGGCUGAGGCAUUAUCACAACCCACUGCACGUGUUCAUGCUAAUCCCCUGCAACAUGAUAAGACCCAGAGGCUUGAGGAGUUAGCUAUUAAGCAGUCCAGACAGUUAAUUCCUGUGAAGCCCUCAAUGCCUAAACCCUUGGUUCCUAGCUCCAUUGAUAAAUCCAAACACCCAAAGUCUUCUGGGAGAAAUAAUGGAACACUUCUUUCCAGGGUUGUCCAUCCACUACCUCAUUCGUCUCAGCUUCCUAAUCAGUCUAAUACUGGACAAAUCAAACCAGAUUCUGCUAGCACAUCUCAUGCCGGCAAAUUUAUUGUUCUAAAACCAGGACGUGAGAUUGCCCCUUUGGGAGGAAAGGAUGGAUUAAGUAAUGGUUCAAAUGGCAGAGUAAUUAAUCAUAGCCAAAUUGCUAUGGCUCCUCCAAAGUCAACGACUGGUCUAAUAAGCAAUUCUGUAGCGUCUGCUCUUGAAAACAAUGCUGCUGCCUUGACAAUAAGUUCGAGAUCCACAGCGGACAAAAAAUCGGCGGCCCAAUCUCUGGCCCAAAGCAGAAGUGAGUUUUUUAAACUCAUGAGGAGAAAAGCUUCUUCAUCAUCCAGUGGCUCAGCCAGUUGCGCAGAUUCAAAUUCUGGUGUUAUACCCUCCACUAAAGAGACAUGCAUGGAAAAAUGUAAAGAAGGCCAUGGAGACACAACAAGUUCUUGUGCUUUACAGAAUGAUUGCGAGAAAAAAGGUUUUCUUGAUCUUGGAGAUUGCAGUUUGUCCGGUAAUGGAUCAAUAUACCCGGAUGAAGAAGAGGCUGCUUUUCUUCGUUCGCUUGGUUGGGACGAAAAUGGUGGAGAAGACGAAGGCUUGACAGAGGAAGAGAUUAAUGCUUUUUAUCGAGAGUACAUGAAUAGAAGGCCCUCUUCAGAACCGGGUCGAAGUUCCCAAUCCAAAUGUUCAACACUAUCGACACCAAAUGCCAUGUCAGGAGUUUCUAUUUCCGACUCGAGCUCCUCUGAAUCUGAGCCUGAAGCUUGA